AAGUAAUAAUUCUUGCUCGUGUACAUUACCAUACUUAAUAACUUUACUACUCUCUAGUGCAAUUUUCAAUUUAAAUGACUGUAAAAAAAAAAUACAAAAAUCGGCAUACAUUCCUAAAUGUCACGAAGUUUGAUAAGGAAACUGAUUUUAUUUUUGAAAAGUAAUCAUUUUAGUUCGUGUAAGUGUAUUUUAUUUCUUCUGACGUCUUCGACAUCGUGAUGUGGGAACGGAAUUGGCCUUGAUACCGAAGAUUUUGCGUAUUCAGCUGUUUUAGUAUAGAGAAUUUUAGUUCCUAACGAAUGACGGGUCAUCAGGAAUAUCGUGUAUAAAUAUUUCAUUGGUGUAACAUGUGAACAUGUCAUUGCUUGGAGUAAAAACAGUAACUUUCGAGUGAAAGAAAUUCGUCAAUCAUGCCGAAAGUAGUAAUCGUUGGUGAUGAAUGUGUCGGUAAAUCUUGCUUGAUUGUCACACAUUCGACCGGAUCGUUUCCUUAUGAUCGAAUACCAAUUAUAUUGAGUGUUUCAUCAGAAUGUGCCGAUGAGAACGGCGAGAACCGUACAGAAAUAAUUUUUUAUGAUACAUUUGGUGCACAAGAAUUCGAUUACGCGCGUCAUUUUUUGUACGCAGGAGCUGACGCGUUUUUAAUAUGUUUCUCUGUGGUUGAUCAUCAGUCGUUUCAAAGUGUUCUUACAAGGUGGUAUCCUGAAGUGAAAAAGAAUAGCCCGAAUACUCCAAUAAUUCUAAUUGGACUUAAAUCAGAUUUAACGUACUCUACUUCUGUUACUCAUGAUCAGGGAUUAUCGAUGGCUAAUUCGAUUGGUGCUAUUGGAUAUUUGGAAUGUAGCGCAAUAGCGAAAACAGGAUUUAGUGAAUUAAAUAAACUGUUGAAUUCGAUUACGAAAAGACCACAUCCUAAUCGUUCCAGCACAUCGAUGUCCAUAGAAUUAGCAGAGACACCAAUAACAUCAUCGGUAGGAUUAGGGAACUGGGUAAUGGCAAUAAUACUCUUAUCAUUAGUGGCAAUUGUUUUAUUUUGUGCAGGAUAUUUCAAAAAGACUCAAACACAAUGACGAAAAAAAACUGAAUAUAUUUUAUUUUUUUUUUUAGUCAUACUUAUCUCAAUAUACCUACUACUUAUAUAGGUAGGUAGGUAUACGUUGUACGUUCAAUGAAUUUAUGAUUAUGAUUCUCGCAAUUAUUCGUAGUUUAUUUAUAAUUUGAAUUUCAAUUCCCAGAUUUGUAUUUUGUAUCACAUUACACGUACUUACUUACUCGUGAUAAGUUAAAAAAUCAAAUCUACGUAUAGGUACUUAUCAAUUUUUUGAAAUUUUCCAAGAGGUAUACAAUAGGGUAGGCUAUUAUUAUUAAGAAAGGUACUUAUACAGAUGUGAAUCUCUUACUAAAUUGAAUAAUUCUAUUUGAAAUAUAUGUAUCUUAUCUUUA